CUCCAACUAGACUCACUCAUGCUCUUACUAACUGCUAUUGUAAGCUGCAACCCCACUUCCAUCUCUCUCCACUCCUGCCAGUGCUGCACUGCCACCACCACCCUAGAAUAGGAGUAUUUUACCACCACUUCCUCUCUCCUCUCUCUAUCGCUCCUUUUCCUUCUCUUCCUACCUCUAUAUAUACACAUCUCCACCCUGUUCCUGGGUCCUCUCUUCCACCACCUUCUAACCACUGCAACUCCAAAUCUCCAAACUAACAUACACACAAAGGAGCUGAGACCCGAGAAGGCAGCUGCAGCUUGGCUAGUGUGGAGGUGCUCAAGGUGAGAGACUCAGCGACGACGGCCGCGACAGGCUAGCCGACCAGCUGCUCCGAUGGCUGGCGCCGACGUCGACGUCGGGACGGAGCUCCGGCUCGGGCUGCCGGGAGGCGGCGUCGAGGUGGCCAAGGCCGGGAAGAGGGGCUUUGAGGAGACCAUCGACCUCAAGCUGAAGCUGCCCACGGCCGGCAUGGAGGAAGCCGUCGCCGGCAAGCCGGAGCCGGCCAAUGAGAAGGCCAAGAGGCCGGCGGAGGCGGCGGCCGCUGAUGCCGAGAAGCCACCUGCACCGAAGGCACAAGCUGUGGGUUGGCCACCAGUCCGAUCAUACCGCAGGAACGUCAUGACUGUCCAGUCUGCGAAGAGCAAGAAGGAAGAGGAACCUGAGAAGCAGCAGCUUGCUGCCAACGCCGGCGGCAACGGCUCCGCCUUCGUGAAAGUCAGCAUGGACGGCGCCCCCUACCUGCGCAAGGUGGACCUGAAGACGUACAACAGCUACAAGGACCUCUCCAUUGCUCUGAAGAAGAUGUUUAGCACCUUCACAACAGCUGGGAACAACAUGAAUGAGGGGAAGUUGGUUGAUCCGGUGAGUGGUGCCGAUGUUGUCACUACUUACGAGGACAAGGAUGGCGAUUGGAUGCUUGUCGGCGAUGUUCCGUGGGAGAUGUUUGUUGAUUCAUGCAAGCGCCUGAGGAUCAUGAAGAGUUCUGAAGCCAUCGGUCUUGCACCAAGAACCAAGGACAAGUGCAAGAACAAGAGCUGAACAAGUUGCAGUAUUAAGGCGCUAAGCAUGGUGUCAUAAGAAUGGUGCCCUUGCAGUGUGUUAUGUUUUUUCUAGAAACACUACAAUGCUUUAAUUACUAGUUGGAUUAAAAGAAGGGAGAGUUGUCAUGUUUAAUCUGUUCAUGGACCAGAAGCAAUAUUCUAUCUGUGUAGCUGGAUUGGUGUUAUGUGAUGUCCCCUACCGUGUGUCCCAGAAUCUACUUGGUGAUUUUAUUCCAGUGUUGUUAAUCAAGCUUGUGUGAUUGUUAAGUAAAGGGCAUCAAUGAGACUAUUAUUAUUUAUUAUGGUAUCUUGUAAGUUAACCUGUUUGUUAAUUGUCAAUACAAUAUUUGGGAUUC